AUGUCGCCCUUCUACGGAGUGGAAUUAAUUGCCUUUCACGGGUCGGGCCGAUCGCCGACGACGGAUACGGCCCGGGACGGACUCGGGCCGGUCACAGUACAUCUGUACUGCCAGGCACCCCUGAUGCCUGUCGCGGGGUUGAAAGACUGUCUUACGGACAUGUGGGAGGCCAACGCCAACCACCCAGAAUAUGUCCCAUGCCAUCUCCAAGAUGAACCGUCUUACGCUUACACCAUGCUCCCCAAAAAUGUCAUCGAGGAGAUCCAGACCGACCGCGAUCAGUCCAUCAACAUCUCGCAAGAUCAACACGAACACCAUGAAGAUGAACAACAUGAAGAAAUUGAAGCGUCUUCCGCCCACACUCUGAAAUCGGCCUUCCACCGCACCACCUUCCCCGGCGCCCUCCUCUUCAACCUCGCCUCCUUCAUCCUCCCGGCCCUAUACAGCACCCUCUCCAAAUUCUGGGUUGCCCAAAUCGACGCCUCCCUCGUCGUCACCACCGACGUCUACACCUACAUCGGCAUCAUCGUCGAAGUCCUCAACGAAGGCCUGCCGCGCGCCUCGUGGGUCAUCAUCGGCGACAAGGCCUCCCGGACCCUCGCCCAGCGGCUACAACUAACCCACACCUUGAUCCUGACCCAGGCGGCGCUGGGCCUCGUCAUGAGCGUCGCCUUUGUCUCGGGCGCGUCGUCGUUCGCCGAUGCCUUCGUCCCCGUCGAGGUGCGCGACGUGAGCGUCAGCUACGUGCGCAUCAGCGCGUUCAGCGCCCUGGGGAGUGCGGUCGAGACGGCGACGGCGAAUGCCACCAGGGCGUUGGAUAAGCCGGACGUGCCGUUGAUGAUCAGCUCGGCCAAGUUUGCGGUGAAUAUCAUCCUGGAUCUUCUUCUCAUCUCGACUGUCCGUGUGGGGGGACAUGAGCCGACAGUGAACCUCCAGGCGGGGAUCCAGCUUGCCUGUAAUCUGACGGCUGCGUCGGUCGGACUGGUCUAUUUUCUCUGGCGCAACACCUUCACAUUCAAGACCAAGCUCGCCCAUGCAAGUCUUGCACAAGAAAGCGGAACACAACCACAGUCGCAACCGCAAAUACACGACGAGCCUACCCGACCGAGCAUCGCUGCCCUCCUCGUACUCAUCCGCCCCGGCAUCAUCACCUUCACCGAAUCCGCCAUCCGCAACGCCCUCUACCUCUGGCUCGUCACCACCAUCGUAGCCAUGGGCUCCACCUACGCCACCGCCUGGGGCAUCUUCAAUACCAUCCGCUGGGGCCUCGUCAUGGUGCCCGUCCUGGCCCUGGAACAAACCUCCCUCGCCUUCACGGGCCACAAAUGGGGCGCGUUCCGCCGCUCCAUCGGCAUCACCAACCUGCGGCCCCGCGGCGCCGACCCCCGCGCCACCAUCCUCCCCAUCAUGCGCCCCGCGCUCGUCAGCGCAUCGCUCGCCCUGGCCGUCGAGGUCCCCGUCUGCCUCUUCCUGACCUUCUUCGCCGCGCGCCCUUUCGCGAGGUAUCUGGGCGGGUCGGACGAGGUCGCGGACUUGACGGCCAUGAUGUGGCGGUCGAUCGACUGGUGUUACAUCUUCUACGCCGUGUCGACGCAGUUGGCGACCGUAUUGCUGGCGACGAGGCCGCGGUGGUACCUCUGGCAGAGCUUGGCGAGUAAUUUGCUGUACGUGCUGCCCUGGGCGGUCGUGUGUCAGACGGCGCGGCUGGAUCCGGGGCGGGCUUGGACGUACCAUUCGUUCGUGUUUGGGGGGAGUUUGGUGUUUAGUUUCGGGGCCGUCUUGGUCGUUUGUGGGCUGUGGGUUUGGACUUUGAUGAAGGGGAGGAUGAGGCUGGAGGUAUUUCGAAGUUGA